AUGACAUUCACGAAACGAAUCUGCGAAGCUAUGUCAUCUUGCAAUACUAUUGGUAUUGAUCUUGGCACCACCUAUUCUUGCGUCGGAGUCUAUCAGAAUGGAAAGGUUGAAAUUCUUGCCAAUUCUGAGGGAAACAAGACGACGCCUUCAUAUGUCGCGUUUACCGAAUCGGAGCGGCUUGUCGGCGACGCGGCGAAAGAUCAGGCGGCGAGGAAUCCGGAGAACACGGUGUUCGACGCAAAGCGACUCAUCGGUCGACGAUUCGACGACGCGACUGUUCAGGCCGACAUCAAGCAUUUUCCGUUUGCCGUCAAAUCGAAGAAUGGCAAACCGGUGAUUGAAGUCGACGUCAAAUCGGAACGGCGACAAUUCAAUCCGGAGGAGAUCUCGGCGAUGGUGCUGCAAAAGAUGAAGGAGACCGCUGAGACAUAUUUGGGGAGAAGCGUCAAAGACGCGGUGAUCACGGUGCCCGCCUACUUCAAUGAUAGCCAACGGCAGGCGACGAAGGAUGCGGCAACGAUUGCGGGUCUCAACGCGAUCAGGAUUAUUAAUGAGCCGACGGCCGCCGCGCUCGCCUACGGUCUCGACAAGAACAUCAAGGAUGAGCGGAAUGUGUUGAUAUUUGAUCUUGGCGGUGGAACGUUCGAUGUUUCGAUUCUCACCAUCGCCGAGGGAUCGAUUUUUGAAGUCAAAUCGACGGCGGGAGACACCCAUCUUGGAGGAGAGGACUUUGAUCAGCGAAUGCUUCAGCAUAUGGUGGCGGAGUUCAAGAGAAAGACUGGAAAGGACAUUUCUAAGAACCCACGAGCACUGCGCCGUUUGCGAACCGCCUGCGAGCGUGCUAAACGAACGUUGUCGAGCUCUUCUGAAGCCACAAUUGAGAUCGACUCGCUUCAUGAUGGACAGGAUUUCUAUUCGAAGAUCACUCGCGCGAGAUUCGAGGAACUUUGCGGCGAUCUGUUCCGAAAGACGUUGGAGCCGGUGGAGAAGGCGCUUCGCGACGCGAGACUCGACAAAUCGCGAAUCGAUGAGAAGCUUCUCAAGGACUUUUUCAAUGGAAAGGAAUUGAACUGCUCGAUCAAUCCGGAUGAAGCUGUGGCUUAUGGAGCUGCUGUUCAAGCUGCCGUGCUCUCCGGUGUCAACGACAGCUCGAUCAAAGACGUUCUUCUGGUUGACGUUGCCCCGUUGAGUUUGGGAAUUGAGACGGCUGGCGGCGUGAUGACGAACAUCAUUGAGCGCAACACCACGAUUCCGACAAAAGCCACGAAGACAUUCUCGACGUAUGCUGACAAUCAGCCGGGUGUUUCGAUUCAGGUGUUCGAGGGAGAGCGAGCGAUGACCAAGGACAACCAUCGCUUGGGAACGUUCGAGCUGUCGGGCAUUCCGCCGGCGCCGCGCGGCGUUCCGCAAAUCGAUGUGACGUUCGACAUCGACGCCAACGGAAUUUUGAAUGUCUCGGCGGUUGACAAAUCAACCGGAAAAUCGAACAAGAUCACGAUUAAGAAUGAGAAGGGACGACUGUCACAAGCCGAAAUUGAUCGGAUGGUGAAUGAGGCGAAGCAAUUCGAGCAGGAGGAUCGCGCUCAGCGAGAACGAGUUGCUGCUCGAAAUCAGCUGGAGGCGUACGCGUUUCAGUGCAAGCAGGCGCUGGAUGAGCAUGGCAGCCGCUUGAGUCCGGAGGAUGCGAAGCGCGCGCGAGAAGCUUGCGAUGAGACGAUUCGCUGGAUGGAGUUGAACACGUUGGCUGAGAAGGAGGAGAUUGAGGCGAAGGAGCAAGAGCUCAAGCAGAUCAGCCAAUCAAUAAUGGCGAAGCUUCAUCAGCAAAGCGGCGCGUCGGCGGGAUGCGGAAACGCGCAAUCGUCGGGAUUCUCGGGAGCCAAUUAUCCUGGUGGAAAUGGGCCGACGGUCGAAGAAGUCGAUUAA